AUGAGCACGGAAUUCUGGCCAGACUACGAUUACAGAACCGUGGGAAAGCUCAUUCUUGAAGAUGACACCGAAUUUGUAGGAUACAGUGUUGGUUACGAAGGGUGCAAAGAAGAUGAAAAAGCUAGUUCAAACAGGGAAGCCACGAAAGAAAUUAAUUCGAACCAAGUGCUCGAAAAGAAAAAGUACCUAAAAGAGGAUAUAUUAUUUAAGAACAGUAAAAUUGAAAAUGAAGAUUAUAUAGUAACUGGAGAAGUUAUAUUCAAUACAGCGAUGGUUGGAUAUCCAGAAGCUUUAACAGACCCAAGUUACUUUGGACAAAUACUCGUAUUAACAUUUCCAUCCAUUGGAAAUUAUGGAGUGGAAAAAGUACAUCAUGAUCAUUUCGGCUUAGUGACAAAUUUCGAAAGCAAUAAAAUACAAAUUCAAGGGUUAGUAAUAUGUGAGUAUACAAAACAUUCUUACCACUACAAUUCAUACAUUACACUAAGUGAGUGGCUCAAAUUAUAUAAAGUACCCUGUAUAGGUGGAAUAGAUACCAGGGCAUUAACCAAAAUAUUAAGAGAGAAGGGAAGCAUGUUAGGAAAAAUUGUAAUUUAUAAAAACGCUAAAAAUGCAAAUAAGCUAUAUAAAGAGAUUAGCUUAUUUAACCCAGGAGAGAUUGAUACCAUCAAAUAUGUCUGUAAUCACUUUAUUAGAGUUAUCAAAUUGGGAAAAAUAAAUUAUUAUAACAAUGGGAAAAGUAAAGAAGAUUCUAAAGGGAUAAAUGAUGAAAAUAAUUAUUCCUUGAAUGAAGUUGAAAAUGGUAAUAGCCUUACGAAUGUCAAUGACUAUAAUUACCAUAGUCUUUCUUCAUUUGAAAAAAUAGACUUUAACAAGAAUUCAAAUCAACAUUCUUUAUUAAGGGAUAAAAUGAACCUUUUGACUUCAUCAGAAGAAAAUAUUGAUUAUUACACUGGCUAUCGGGAAUAUAGCACCAAUGGAGGAAAGAAGGAUGCCUUUUUUACCCUACGUGGUACAUGCGAGUAUGAUAAGUAUUUGAUAGACUUGGAGGAAAAUUCCUUCUUCCACGAUGGCAAUGUGGACGAAUAUGGUCACUACGACGUGGAGAUGAGUCUGCAAAGGAGUGGACUCAGUGGAAGGAAUAAACAUGGCUUCACGCAGGAUGAAGUAACAUUCAACCUCAAUAACGACUACUCCACGUACGUAAAAAAGAAACUGAACAAGGAGGAAUUUCUCAAUCUUGUGAACAAGAGAAAAUCUGACAAGGAAAAAAUUAUCGUCAUUGUAGAUUGUGGGAUUAAAAAUAGUAUAAUAAAGAACUUAAUGAAAAAUGGCAAAGACCUCCCCUUGACGUAUAUCAUUGUGCCAUAUUACUAUGACUAUAACAGUAUAGAUUACGAUGCGGUUUUGUUGUCAAACGGUCCAGGAGACCCCAAAAAAUGCGAAUUUUUAAUUGAAACACUGAAGAAAAGCUUACAAAAGAAUAAGCUGAUAUUUGGUAUUUGUUUAGGUAAUCAGUUACUAGGUAUUUCUCUCGGAUGUGAAACGUACAAAAUGAAGUACGGAAAUAGAGGGGUAAAUCAACCCGUUAUCCAACUGGUAGAUAACAAAUGUUACAUAACAUCGCAAAAUCAUGGGUACUGUUUGAAGAAGAAAAGUAUUUUGAGAAGAAAGGAUCUAGCCAUUAGCUACGUCAACGCUAAUGACAAAUCGAUAGAAGGCAUUAGCCACAAGAAUGGAAGAUUCUACAGUGUUCAGUUUCACCCUGAGGGGAAUAAUGGCCCUGAAGAUACUUCUUUCCUUUUUAAAAAUUUUCUCAUAGAUAUGUUCAACAAGAAAAGAGAAUUUAGAGAACAUAUUGGGCAUAACAUAAUUUACAUAAAAAAAAAAGUGCUUCUCCUCGGUAGUGGUGGACUAUGUAUAGGUCAAGCAGGAGAAUUCGAUUACUCAGGGACGCAGGCUAUUAAAAGUUUGAAGGAAUGUGGCAUCUAUGUAAUUUUAGUGAACCCCAAUAUUGCCACGGUGCAAACUUCCAAAGGGUUAGCAGACAAGGUAUAUUUUUUACCCGUUAAUUGCGAAUUUGUAGAAAAAAUUAUUAAGAAAGAAAAACCCGACUUCAUUUUAUGCACCUUUGGUGGGCAAACGGCGCUGAACUGUGCACUCAUGUUGGAGCAGAAGAAAGUUCUAAAAAAAAAUAAUUGCUUAGCUCUGGGAACAUCUCUAGAGUCCAUUAUGAUAACAGAAAAUAGGAGCAUGUUUGCAGAAAAGUUGCGAGAAAUUAAUGAAAUUAUAGCACCAUACGGAAGUGCUAAAAAUGUAGAACAAGCCAUUGAAGUGGCUAACAAAAUAGGCUACCCCAUUUUAGUACGCACAACCUUCUCCCUAGGAGGACUAAACAGUAGCUUCAUAAAUAACGAAGAGGAGUUAGUCAAAAAGUGCAAAGAAAUUUUCCUACAAACGGAUAAUGAAAUAUUUAUCGACAAAUCAUUAAAAGGGUGGAAAGAAAUAGAAUACGAAUUGUUACGAGAUAACAAGAAUAAUUGUAUAGCAAUUUGUAACAUGGAAAAUAUAGACCCUUUAGGUAUCCACACAGGAGACAGUAUCGUCGUUGCUCCUUCUCAGACCCUGAGUAACCAUGAAUAUUAUAAGUUCCGUGAAAUAGCUCUGAAGGUUAUUACCCACUUGAACAUUAUUGGGGAAUGUAAUAUUCAGUUCGGUAUAAACCCUAAAACGGGAGAGUACUGUAUUAUCGAGGUGAAUGCUAGACUGAGCAGAAGUUCGGCACUGGCAUCCAAGGCUACAGGGUACCCCUUAGCAUACAUAUCUGCUAAAAUAGCUCUUGGGUACGAUUUGAUUAGCUUAAAAAAUAGUAUCACGAAGAAAACUACUGCUUGUUUUGAGCCUUCCCUUGAUUACAUUACGACAAAAAUUCCCAGAUGGGACUUAAACAAAUUUGAGUUUGCCUCGAACACCAUGAAUAGCAGUAUGAAAAGUGUAGGUGAAGUUAUGUCCAUAGGUAGAACCUUUGAAGAAUCCAUACAGAAAUCGCUUAGAUGUAUAGAUGAUAAUUAUCUCGGCUUUAGUAACACAUACUGUAUUGAUUGGGAUGAGGCGAAAAUUGUGGAUGAGUUGAAGAAUCCCUCUCCAAAGAGAAUAGAUGCAAUUCACCAAGCUUUUCAUUUGAACAUUCCCAUGGAAAAAAUCCACGAAUUGACCAAUAUAGAAUACUGGUUCUUACACAAGUUUUACAACAUUUUUAAUCUGCAAAAUAAGCUAAAAACAUUAUCAUUAGAGCAGCUCUCCUUUUAUGACAUGAAGUAUUUUAAGAAGCACGGAUUCAGUGACAAGCAAAUCGCCCAUUACCUCUCCUUUAACAAUCCUAAUGUUAACGAAGCGGUUGUGAUGAGGUACAGAGAAAGCUUAGGUCUACAUCCUCACAUAAAAGUGAUUGAUACCCUUUCUGCUGAAUUCCCAGCGUUAACUAAUUAUUUAUAUUUGACUUACCAAGGUGUGGAGCAUGACGUGCUGCCUCUGAACAUGAAGAGGAAGAAGAAAUUGCCUGCAGAAGGUAACGGGAAAAAAGUGGAUAGAGUAGAAAACCAUGUGUACCCUCAUAAUAUUUCUCCAGAGAUGGAGGAAAACAAAUCGGUGAAACAGUUGAAGAUGGGUUGUGAUCAGAAUGUUUGUAAUGAAAUGUUUGGCAAGGAUGUAGAUGUGACUGUCGUCAGCACAAAGGUGGAUGGAGCUGUAGGUAAGCACAAGAUGGUGAGUUCAUCACCCAUCGGAGAUUCUAAGAUGGAGGGUUCCUCGAAUGACCUGCUUAGUAAAGAAGUGAAACAGGAAAAAGGCAUAGGGUCAGACGAAACGAAUAUAUUUAGUGGAAAGAAUUGUACAAAUAAUAUUUCCUCCUCAAGCGGUCUUAACAUCGCGGAGAAUACAAUAAUGAAUAACGACCCGCACAGUGCGCAACAAGGAAUAGGAGACAACCAACAUAACAAAAGUUCCAAUGCAAAUAACACAAGCAAAGAUGGAUGGAAUAAGAAAUUGCAGAAUAGGGAAGUACUUAUGAACCAAAGAAUGGACGAUAUUUCGAACAGGAGUUCCCACUCUACUAAUGACCAGUUGUACUUGGAAAAUUUCAACACAUCAGAUGAAGAAAUGACGAACAAAAAUGGAGACACAUCCCAUUACAUGUCGAAGAAGAAAAAGAACUUCUCAGAUAGUAAGGGAGCAGGAAAUAUGUACUACCUAGUGGACUCCGUGUACAAUAAUGAAUACAAAAUGAGCAAAAUGAAAGAGUUAAUUAAUAGCGAAAAUACUGACAGUAAUGACAGUUUCCAGUGUGAGCAGCGUGGCUCUGUUGUGAAAUCUGGACAUGUGGGAACACCAUUCGGCGCAACUUCCGGAGCUGAAGAUUCCAUUGCGAUGCACGUACCACACUAUGCUAGGAGUAGGACGAACGCGGGUAAGGAGGAAAUCACCAAAGGAGAAAACAAGCUUCAUCAUGAAGGAAUCGAAAGGGAAAAGAGCAAAGGAAAGAGUAGCAACAAAAAAAGGGAAACCAAAUUGAACAGUAAUGGUAUAAAUAUUGAUGAUAAAAAUAGCGACUGUUUCUCAGAAUUAUCCUACUUGCGCAAUUACACCAAAUCAAGUAAUGCAGAAAAUGACAACACUGAUGAUGAUGAUGCUUUUUACAAUGGAGGGGAUGAUGUUUACACUUGCAGCACAGAUAAUGGUCUCUUCGAUGAUUGUGGAGAAUCGUACAACACUUUUUCUUCUAAGGACUCAGAAGGAUCAUCGUCCAUAUAUUCCGAAAAUGAAAACAUAUUUAGCGAAAAAUUCAACGAUAUCGGUUUUAAGAUAACGCAUGAUAGGAAUGAAAAGGAGAAAGAAAAAAAAAAAUGUUUUAUUGUGUUAGGAUGUGGCUGCUAUCGAAUUGGUAGCUCAGUCGAAUUUGAUUGGAGUGCAAUCCAUUGUGUAAAAACGAUUAGGAAGUUAAAUCACAAGGCAAUCCUCAUAAACUGCAACCCAGAAACCGUUAGCACAGACUACGACGAAAGUGACAGAUUGUAUUUUGAUGAAAUUACCACAGAAGUUAUUAAAUUUAUUUACAACUUUGAAAAGAGUCAUGGUGUUAUAAUAGCGUUCGGUGGGCAGACAUCCAACAAUUUGGUUUUUAGCCUGUACAAAAAUAGUGUUAACAUUUUAGGGACAAGUGCAAAGAGUGUAGACUGCUGUGAAAAUAGAAACAAAUUUUCUAACUUGUGUGAUUCUUUAAAAAUCGAUCAACCCAAAUGGAACAAAUUUACGAAACUCUCCAAGGCUAUACAAUUUGCCAAUGAGGUGAAAUUUCCCGUUUUGGUGAGGCCUUCAUAUGUUCUCUCGGGCGCUGCAAUGAGAGUUGUAAAUUGUUUUGAAGAAUUAAAAAAUUUUCUCAUGAAAGCUGCAAUCGUUAGUAAGGACAAUCCUGUUGUUAUUUCUAAAUUUAUUGAGAAUGCGAAAGAAAUAGAAAUUGACUGUGUGAGCAAAAAUGGGAAAAUCAUCAACUAUGCCAUUUCGGAACAUGUGGAAAAUGCUGGUGUACAUUCAGGAGAUGCCACUUUGAUACUUCCUGCACAGAAUAUUUACGUAGAAACACACAGAAAAAUCAAAAAAAUUUCGGAGAAAAUAUCCAAAUCGUUGAACAUUUCUGGACCAUUUAAUAUUCAGUUCAUUUGCCACCAGAAUGAAAUAAAAAUUAUCGAAUGUAAUUUGAGGGCUUCUCGAACUUUUCCUUUCAUUUCCAAGGCCCUAAAUCUAAACUUUAUCGAUUUAGCUACCAGAAUAUUAAUGGGUUAUGACGUGAAGCCAAUUAAUAUAUCCCUCAUAGAUUUGGAAUACACUGCUGUGAAAUCUCCUAUAUUUUCCUUCAACCGACUCCACGGAUCUGAUUGCAUCUUGGGUGUAGAAAUGAAGUCCACCGGGGAAGUGGCAUGUUUUGGUCUCAACAAAUACGAAGCUUUGCUGAAGUCACUGAUAGCCACUGGUAUGAAAUUGCCGAAAAAAUCUAUCCUCAUAAGUAUUAAAAAUUUAAACAACAAGUUAGCCUUUGAAGAACCCUUCCAACUGCUCUUCCUAAUGGGAUUUACCAUUUACGCAACCGAAGGAACGUAUGACUUUUAUUCAAAAUUUCUGGAAUCCUUUAACGUUACCAAGGGGUCCAAAUUCCACCAGAGACUCAUCCGCGUGCAUAAUAAGAGUUCGGAAAAUCUCAUGCCGAACAUUACAGAUUUAAUCAUGAACCACAAGGUCGAAAUGGUUAUCAACAUUACGGAUACGCUCAAAACGAAGGUUAGCUCAAACGGGUAUAAGAUAAGGCGUCUCGCUUCCGACUUCCAAGUUCCCCUCAUAACGAACAUGAAGCUGUCUUCACUCUUUAUAGACUCCCUGUACAGGAAGUUCUCUCGCAGGAAGGAGAAGAAACCCUUCUACACCAUUAAGAGCUACGACGAGUACAUUAGUUUGGUGUAG